AUGGCUGAUGAGAUGGAGAGGGUCCACGACCUCCCUGGUGAUGACGACAACAACGACAUGGGCGACGAAGAGGUAGAAGAGCUCUUCGGCCGUGGAGCUGUACCUGGUGGAGCUGGCGCAGAGGACCCCAUCGACCUUGAUGGUGAUGAAGGUGGUGGUGGAGAAGAAGACGGUGAGAACGCCGACGAUGACCAGGACCAGGUAUCACGCCCCUCUACCUCUGAUGUGUGGCAAGAUUUCCAGAAGCUCUUCAAAAUGGGUCCCAAAGCUGGCCAGCUGGGAGCUUGA